AUGGUGGCUAAUCUUUUCAAGAGUUUGAUUUUACCUUAUAUACAUAGGCUUUGCAAAGGAAUGUUUACAAAGAAAGUGGGAAAUACAACCAAAAAAAAGGAGACUCGUCAGCAGAAAAAGGAUCAAGAUUUUCCUACUGCUGGCCAGACCAAAACUCCCACCUUUUCUAAUACUCUGAAAAGCACAGUGAAGAGAAUUGCAAAGUGUUCCUCCACUCGCAACUUACCUGCUGAGCAGGGCGAGGCGAACAAAGACUUUUCCCUCUCACCAACCUUCAGUUACCGAGUUGCGAUUGCUAAUGGCCUGCAGAAAAACAUUCAUGUGACCGGCAGUGACCGUGAGAAUCUGCCUCCAGAGCUGUCCUCUGUGGAGAGCUCCUACUCAGAAUCUUUAAAUGAGUUGAGGAGCAGUGUGGAGGACCAUUCCCACCCAGCGUGCACCAUGCCAGUGGGGCGAAGUAGGAAGAGCUCCAGCAGCCUGGCACCCUCUGAGGGCAGCUCUGAUGGGGAGCGCACCCUGCACAGCCUGAAACUAGGGGCUUUAAAGAAGCUCCGGAAAUGGAAAAAGAGCCAGGAGUGUGUCUCCUCUGACCCAGAGCUGAGCACUGUGAAGAGGACCUGGGGCAUAAGGAGCAAGUCUUUGGACAGAACUGCUCGCCGCCCCAAGACCCCCGCCCUCGAGCCGGGGUUCAGCUCCUCUGGCUGCCUCAGCCACACACAUGAUGUUAUGGAGAUGAUCUUCAAGGAGCUACAGGGGAUCAGCCAGAUUGAGACAGAGCUGUCUGAGCUGCGGGGCCACGUGGAUGCCCUGAGGCUGUCCAUCGAUGAGAUCUCCAGCAGCGUAGAGGUGGUGCAGAGUGAGAUUGAGCAGCUGCGAACAGGCUUCGUGCAGUCCCGGAGGGAGACCAGAGACAUCCAUGACUACAUCCGAUGCCUGGGUCACACAGGCAGCAAGGCAAGCCUGCGGUUCUUGAAUGUGCCUGAGGAGAGAUUGGAAUAUGCUGAAAGUGUGGUGUACCAGCUUCUGACAGACAAAAUGGGCUUCUCAGAUGCUCCAAAUUCUGUAAAAAUUGAAUUUGCUCAGAGAGUGGGACACCAAAGGGACUGUCCCAAUGCUAAACCUCGACCCAUACUCGUGUACUUUGAAACCCCUCAGCAGAGGGAUUCUGUCUUAAAAAAAUCAUACAAACUCAAAGGAACAGGCAUUGGAGUCUCAUCAGAUAUUCUGACUUACGAUAUCAGAGAGAGAAAAGACAAAGGGAUCCCAUCCUCCCAGACCUAUGAAAGCAUGGACAUGAAGUUGUCUAUUCCAGAGCCCAGAGUAAAGAAGAACAGUUGGCAUUCACCUGGUGACAGUGACAGGGAGCUGGAAUCUGACUUCAACAGGAAUAGUUAUGCUGUACUUUCUAAGCCAGAGCCUCCAACCAAGGGGAGCACUUCCAAGUCAGGCUCAAAACCUCACAGUGCCAGAUCUAAGAAUAAAACCGUGAAUAGCAGCAGAAUUUCAAGCAAACCAGAUCAUGAUAAAAUGUCUUCACAAUUGCCAGAAUCAAACAACUUGGAAAGGCAAACCGUAGCCCAAUAUGCAGGUGCCACGCCUCUCUGGCACUCACAGAGUGAUUUUUUCACUGCUAAACUAAGCCACUCUGAAUCAGAUUUUUCCAAAUUAUGUCAGUCUUACUCUGAAGAUUUUUCAGAAAAUCAACUUUUUGCUAGAACUAAUGGGAGCUCCCUUCUGUCAUCCUCGGACAAGGAACUGUGGCAAAGGACACAGGAGAGCACACCUGCCUUGUAUGACAGUCCUCAAGACCAGCAUCUGGGCGGGAGUGCUCCAGGUGUCCAAGUGCAAGGCAAACUUCAGAACACAGAAACUGUGGACAGUGGAAUGAGUAAUAGCAUGGCAUGUGCGUCUGCCGACCAGAGUCAUUACAGUGACUCCCAGCUCUCUCUGCAUGAGGAUCUCUCUCCCUGGAAGGAAUGGAAUCAGGGGGAACAAGGAACUGAUGUAGGCCUGGAUUCAUUCACUCAGGAAGCUCUUGACUAUGACACGAACAGUCUGUCUGACCAACAGAUGGAUGUCUUCAGUAAAGACCUAGAGGACCUAGGAAAGUGCCACAGUGACCUUCAAGAUGACUCUGAAAGCUACGACUUUACCCAAGAUGACAAUUCGUCCCCGUGCCCUGGAUUAGAUAAUGAGCCCCAUGGCCAGUGGGUUGAUCAGUAUGAUUCUUACCAAGAAGCUAAUUCUAAUGAACUCUACCAAAACCAAAGCCAGUUGUCCAUGCUGUAUCGAAGUCAGAGUGAAUUGCAAAGUGAUGAUUCGGAGGAUGCCCCACCGAAAUCCUGGCAUAGCCGAUUAAGCAUUGAUCUUUCUGACAAGACUUUCAGCUUCCCCAAAUUUGGAUCUACGCUGCAGAGGGCCAAGUCAGCCUUGGAGGUGGUGUGGAACAAAAGCACGCAAAGUCUCAGUGGGUGUGAGGACAGUGGCUCCUCCCUCAUGGGGAGAUUUAGGACCCUGUCUCAGUCUACUGCAAAUGAGUCCAGCACUACCCUUGACUCAGAUGUCUACACAGAGCCCUAUUACUACAAAGCAGAGGAUGAGGAGGACUACAGUGAGCCAGUGGUGGACAAUGAGACAGAUUAUGUUGAAGUGAUGGAGCAAGUCCUGGCCAAGCUGGAAAACAGGACUAGUGGUACUGAGACAGAUGAACCCAUGCAGGAAUAUGAGCCCCCUCUGUAUGAGACACCAUACGAAACCCCACAAGAUGAGGGUUAUGAUGGGCAGGGAGAGGAGGUGGCCAGUGAAGGGGAGCCAGAGCCUGUAACCCAGCCAGCAGCUGAAAUGCAAAUAAAAGAGGAUGAAAACCAAAACAUUGCUGAACAGCCAGUGGAAAUCACCAAGCCAAAGAGACUCCGUCCCUCUUUCAAAGAAGCAGCGCUCAGGGCCUAUAAGAAGCAGAUGGCGGAGCUAGAAGAAAAGAUCCUGGCUGGAGAUAGCAGUGCUGUGGAUGAAAAGGCUCGGAUAGUGAGUGGCAAUGGGUCGAAGGCACCCGGACUCUCUGCGCUCCAGGCAUUUGGGGGAGCCGGGUGGGGACUGUAUGGUAUCGACAGCAUGCCUGACCUCCGCAGGAAAAAGACGCUGCCCAUCGUCCGUGAUGUGGCCAUGACCCUGGCUGCACGGAAGUCUGGCCUCUCCCUGGCUAUGGUCAUCAGGACGUCGCUAAACAACGAGGAGCUGAAGAUGCACGUCUUCAAGAAGACCCUGCAGGCGCUGAUCUAUCCCAUGUCCUACACCACGCCACAUGCCUUCGAAGUGUGGACAGCCACCACGCCCACCUACUGCUACGAGUGUGAGGGGCUGCUGUGGGGCAUCGCACGCCAGGGCAUGCGCUGCACUGAGUGUGGCGUCAAGUGCCACGAGAAGUGCCAGGACCUGCUCAACGCAGACUGCCUGCAGCGAGCAGCGGAGAAGAGCUCUAAGCACGGCGCUGAGGACAAGACACAGACCAUUAUCAGCGCCAUGAAAGAAAGAAUGAAGGUCAGGGAGAAAAACAGGCCCGAGGUGUUUGAAGUAAUUCGGGAAAUGUUUCAGAUUCCCAAAGAAGAUUUUGUACAGUACACAAAAGCAGCCAAGCAGAGCGUAUUGGAUGGGACCUCUAAGUGGUCUGCAAAAAUAACCAUUACAGUGGUGUCUGCACAAGGCUUGCAAGCAAAAGACAAGACAGGAUCAAGCGACCCCUACGUGACAGUUCAGGUUGGAAAAAACAAAAGAAGGACUAAAACCAUUUUUGGAAACUUGAAUCCAGUAUGGGAUGAGAAGUUUUAUUUCGAGUGCCACAACUCCACAGACCGGAUCAAAGUCAGAGUGUGGGAUGAAGAUGAUGACAUCAAGUCCCGAGUGAAGCAACACUUCAAGAAGGAGUCCGAUGAUUUCCUGGGACAAACAAUUGUAGAAGUCAGGACCCUGAGUGGAGAGAUGGAUGUCUGGUACAACCUAGAGAAACGGACAGAUAAAUCAGCUGUAUCCGGGGCCAUUCGCUUGAAAAUCAAUGUGGAAAUAAAAGGAGAGGAGAAAGUUGCUCCGUACCAUAUACAAUAUACAUGUUUACAUGAGAAUCUCUUCCAUUACUUGACGGAAGUGAAAUCUAAUGGUGGUGUGAAAAUCCCAGAGGUCAAAGGAGAUGAAGCCUGGAAAGUCUUCUUUGAUGAUGCUUCCCAGGAAAUAGUUGAUGAGUUUGCCAUGCGGUAUGGGAUCGAAUCCAUUUAUCAAGCCAUGACGCACUUUUCAUGCCUGUCCUCCAAGUACAUGUGUGCUGGCGUGCCCGCCGUCAUGAGCACCUUGCUGGCCAACAUAAAUGCCUUCUACGCACACACAACAGUGUCUACAAAUGUGCAGGUUUCCGCCUCUGAUCGAUUUGCCGCCACCAACUUUGGUAGGGAAAAAUUCAUAAAACUACUGGACCAGUUGCAUAACUCUCUACGGAUUGACCUGUCAAAAUAUCGGGAAAACUUUCCCGCCAGCAACAGUGAGAGGCUGCAGGACCUGAAGUCCACAGUGGACCUGCUCACCAGCAUCGCCUUCUUCAGGAUGAAGGUUCUGGAGCUGCAGAGCCCACCUCGGGCCAGCAUGGUUGUGAAGGACUGCGUCCGUGCCUGCCUGGACUCCACCUACAAAUACAUUUUCGACAACUGCCACGAGCUCUAUUGCCAGCUCAUAGACCCGAGUAAGAAGCAGGAUGUCCCUCGGGAAGAUCAGGGACCGACCACCAAGAACUUGGAUUUCUGGCCUCAGCUUAUCACACUGAUGGUGACAAUUAUUGAUGAAGAUAAAACUGCUUACACGCCUGUCCUGAAUCAGUUUCCUCAAGAACUCAACAUGGGGAAGAUAAGUGCUGAAAUUAUGUGGACUCUCUUCGCUCUCGAUAUGAAAUAUGCAUUAGAAGAACACGAGAAGCAGCGGUUAUGCAAAAGCACCGAUUACAUGAAUUUGCAUUUCAAAGUGAAGUGGUUCUAUAAUGAGUACGUGCGAGAGCUUCCUGCCUUCAAGGAUGCUGUCCCGGAGUACUCCUUGUGGUUUGAGCCUUUCGUGAUGCAGUGGCUGGAUGAGAACGAAGAUGUAUCUAUGGAGUUCCUCCAUGGAGCGCUGGGAAGGGACAAAAAGGACGGGUUUCAGCAGACAUCUGACCACGCGCUCUUUUCCUGCUCUGUGGUUGAUGUCUUUGCUCAGCUGAACCAGAGCUUUGAGAUUAUUAAGAAGCUGGAGUGCCCUAACCCCGAAGCACUGUCCCACCUGAUGAGAAGAUUCGCAAAGACCAUCAAUAAGGUGCUGGUCCAGUACGCUGCAAUUGUGUCCAACGAUUUCAGUUCAUACUGUGGUAAGGAAAACGUGCCCUGCAUCUUGAUGAAUAACAUUCAACAGUUGCGCGUCCAGCUGGAAAAAAUGUUCGAGUCCAUGGGAGGGAAAGAGCUAGACCCUGAAGCGAGCACUAUUCUGAAAGAGCUUCAAGUUCAACUCAGCGGGGUCCUGGAUGGGCUCAGCAUCACCUAUGGUGAAAGUUUUCAGCUUAUAAUUGAAGAGUGUAUAAAACAGAUGAGUGUUGAACUGCACCAGAUGCGAUCCAACGGAAGCACCACAUCCAACAAGAACAGCGCAGCCCUGGAUGCAGAGAUAGUGCUCAGGCCUCUCAUGGACUUCUUGGACAAAACAUUAAGUCUCUCGGCCAAAAUCUGUGAGAAGACAGUACUAAAGCGAGUUCUGAAAGAGCUGUGGAAGCUGGUUCUCAACAAAAUAGAAAAACAAAUUGUUCUCCCUCCUCUGACAGAUCAAACAGGUCCUCAGAUGAUUUUCAUCACAGCAAAAGACCUGGGACAGUUAUCCAAACUGAAGGAGCACAUGAUUCGUGACGACGCCAGGGGCCUGACACCCAGGCAGUGUGCCAUCAUGGAGGAGGCGCUGGCCACCAUUAAGCAAUACUUCCACGCAGGAGGAAAUGGCCUGAAGAAGAAUUUCUUGGAGAAGAGCCCAGAUCUUCAAUCUCUGAGAUACGCUCUCAGUCUCUACACCCAGACUACGGAUGCGUUGGUAAAGAAAUUCAUAGACACCCAGACUUCGCAGAGCUGCUCCUCCAAGGACGCCGUGGGCCAGAUCUCCGUCCAUGUGGACAUCACAGCCACUCCCAGCACUGGCGAGCACAAGGUCACCGUGAAAGUGAUUGCUAUUAAUGACCUGCACUGGCAGACCACAGCAAUGUUCCGGCCCUUCGUGGAAGUCUGCAUGCUGGGACCCAACCUCGGAGACAAGAAGAGGAAGCAAGGCACGAAGACCAAGAGCAACACGUGGUCACCCAAGUACAAUGAGACGUUUCAGUUCACACUGAGCAAGGAGAGCCGCCCGGCGGCCUACGAGCUGCACCUGGCGGUGAAGGACUACUGCUUUGCGCGCGAGGACAGGGUGGUCGGCAUGACUGUGAUCCGGCUGCAGCACAUCGCCGAGAAGGGGAGCCAUGGGGCCUGGUACCCGCUCCUGAAGAGCAUUUCCAUGGACGAGACAGGCCUCACUAUCCUCAGGAUUCUCUCCCAGAGAACUGGCGAUGAUGUGGCCAAGGAGUUUGUGAGGCUGAAAUCUGAAACGCGAGUCACCGAGGAGAGCGCUUGAAGCAAGGCCACAGCUCCCCUGGGGAACCCGCGCCCAAGGUGGCUGCAUGCGUGUGCUCGCCGGCAUGCGUGUGUCCCACAUCCAGGUGCCUGUCAGUCCCCAGUUCCACGUCGCCAGCUGUGUGGCCUGGCAGACUUUCAUGCCAUCGCUGGUCCUUGAGAAAUGAAGGCUCCAUGAAGUGCCAAAACCUGCUGCAGAGUGGGGACCAAGGUGUCCAUGGUGUCCCUGUCACCUCUUCACUUCCCGGCCCACAGCAGCCUACGCCUGGCCUUGUGACUCUGUGAAGUCAGUUUGUGCCCCCACCAAAAAGCCCCUCCUGUUCCUCUAACUCUCUUUUCUUUAGCCACACUUCACUGCAGACAUCUCGCCAAUGCCCUUUUCUUCCACAAUGGAGAUUCGGGGACUUCUAGAGGGUGUUUGUAAUUUUAUAGACCUGGAUACAUUAUGCUGGUUUUUGCAUACAGAUUAAAAUAGAAAAGGUGGGAAAUGUUUCAUGUUGACCAGUUUCCAACCUUUCUGAAAUAUCACUGUGAAGCAAUGCUAUCAAAGCAAAUUUACACAAAGCAGUCCCAAACAGUUUGUUAACCUUUGAUACAUUGAUAGAACUAUGCCCCUGUCCCUAAAAGCUGCCAAGGUCACGUCACGUUCUUUAAACAGGUGAUUGCUGUAGAGUACAGUGCCCCGGCUCACACAUUUCCUCCUUUGGGAAGUCGGAGAUGAGCGGUCUGGAACCAGAAGGGAGACCUGGUUCUUCAGGUUUCCUGGGAUAAGCAGCUACAGCGUUAGCAUCCUCCCUCUGACAGUUAUGGUCUCAUUUGCUUGACUCUAUAAUCGGUUAAAUGUUUCUUUUAAAAAAUAUUGAACAAUUUAUACUAAAUGCAACAUUAGUCUAUACCACACUGAAAUCAAAAGUGACGUCUUCAUUUAUCUUGUGAAAACUGUAAACUUCAGAGAUAUUGCUUACGGUUUUGUCAUUUAUGUUAUUUAUAAGUCCAGAAUGCAUCAGAUACAAUAGAAAAACCACGUAACUCAGUGCACAAAAAUAUACCUAGGCUGGAUUUUGAUUAUGAAGUAGUUGCGUUUCACAUUUUCUGGGUCUUUAUGAUUUGGCUUUUAGAGUCUGUACGUAAACACUGGCUGCACCCCAGCACUCCGCACUGCUAACUCUCUGCCGUAACUGUGAGUGGAUGCCAGCCCCACUGCCCUGCGUGUGCUCUGUGAGCAGAGCGGCCACAUCCUGUCUGGCAGAACCUUUGUGAGAGGGAAUGUGAGACACACAGCCCGUGGGGUGGGCUGAUCUGUGUUCAGUUCUUAGGCAGUCGCUUUGUUUCUGACUUUUCCAAGUGCACAUAUGACGCGACCCUCUGGCAUAUGCGUAAUAAAAGAUGUACCCUGAGCACACACA